AUGUCUGAUUCUAGUCACCUUGUCCUAAUUCACGACCUUUUUAAGAGUGUUCGACCAGAUGAGAUCCUUGAGGAUUUGCAGAAGUUUGGAGUUAGCGUGAGCGCAAGCGCUUUCAGGAACCCUAAACCAGAAGAAUCACUCGGUCUCUACAGCCUGGCAAUUCAGGUCGUUUUUGGGAAAACGAUUCACGACAUUAAGCCGGAAGAACUUUCAGGCAAACUCUAUGAAACUAAAACAGAAGUUCAAGGGGUUGAUUUUUCAUCUGAAAAUGUUGAUUUUUUGAAAAAUGCGAUUGGAAACUUGCGUCUUUGGCGUUACUCACAAAGGCUCCACAAGGUCCUAGGCCUUGGAGAAAUUGAGCGCUACGAGCUUUUCAACCCAACAGCGAAAAGCUUUAAUGAACUGAUAAGCGCAUUUGUAGUAUAUUUGAGAUUCAGACAAGCACUUUACAGUCUUUACGAGUCAUCUAUACAAAAACUAGAUAAUCUAGCAGAACUUGACUUGAGGUUGGACGAGAACCUAAAAAACCUAGUAAAUGAGAAUGAUAAGUUUAAGAAUUCUCUACUUGAAAAAGUAGUUGAACAAGAGUCACUGCUAAAACUUAAAAAUGAGCUUGAAAAUAGAAUGAUAGUUGCCAAUGAGGAGUUCAAUAAUGCAAGGGAGACGAAAAAGAAACUUGAAAUUGAAAAGGAGAAAAUAAACUCAUUGGUGAAUGACACAAUGCUUUCAAAAAGUAAAGCAAGAUUCACCUUCGAUGAUUUGUCUCAGCACUUUUCAACAAAUAUUGAAACCGCCAAUAGGCUUUACAGUGAACUUAAUGCAGAAUAUAUUUCUCAAUCGCAGAGGCUUGAAGCCUUAGUUUCCGAUGUCGAACGUCUAAACACUCUUCACGGCUCUUUAGUUGAGACUCUUGAGACUUUUGAGCUUCUAAAGUCUAAUUUGGAGGAACAUUACAAUGAAGUAAUUAUUCCUCAUAUCAAAAGCUUAGAGCUCUCAAAGCGUCUUUCUUCUCAAACUGAGUCUCUAAAGCUAAAAAUCAACCAACUGACCCGAACUCGGGACUCAAUUUCUAAGAACAUUGAACUCCAGAAGACCUUACAGUCAGAAAAGCUUAAAAAGCUCUCUGACGAGCUUCAGGCUAAAGUUGACGAGGCUCACAGAUUCGCUCAGGAGUCUUCUAACAGUGAGUCUGGGCUCAAGGUCAAGAUAUAUGAUAUGCGGAAUCUAGCUUCUCAGCUCAACACAAAGGCUCAGGACGUCCGGAAAAAUUCUCAGGAGCUGUUUUCUAACCUUUCUCAACGGAUCCAAACUCUCUACGACUCCAUUGACUCCUACAAUGAAACAAUUAAGCUACUAAAUAAAUCUUUAACAAAUUCUUAA